AUGACCAAUGACCACAAAAAAGAGAAAAAGAAGAGGCUGAAAUACUGGCAGGAGACUCGAGGGCGUCCUGGGUCACUGAGUAGUGAGCCUGGUUGUGCACGCUUCCUAACCACUCCACCAGCUCUAACCCGCGUCCACCUAGCCCAGGCAGAGCCGCCUCCCCAAGGUAAGCUGUUUACUGGUCGCCGUCCUGGCGAUCCUCCCUGGACAGCUGCGGCAGCCACAGCAGCUGCGCCGCAGCCCGGAGCUCCCGGCGCUCCUCCUUCCUCCCUCCCGGUCUCCGAUCUCACUUCUGCGGGCCACUCACACACUCGCUGCCGCCGCCACACACCCGGGAGUGUGUGUGCAGGACCCAGGGGGCGGGCAGGCGUGGCGGCACGCCGCAGGCCAGCUCCUCCCGGAUCGUGCUCCCCGGUCCAGCCUCCCUCCACUCUGCCCACCUCAGGGACACCUGAGCAGCCACUGGGCGGUGGAGGCUGCAGGCCCGGGGGACCGAGUGGCACCCCGGAGAAAACAGAGCAGGAGGCGGGGCGGCAGCGCAGACCACCGCCUUAG